UCUUUGGUACAGUACAACUAGCUACAACUACCGGUACACUGCUCCCGGCGGCGCUAAUGAAACAUGAAGCGGUGUUUUGUCGACUUCUUCCUAAGUGGUCACUCGUGAUUUUACCGACCAGUGACCGCCAACAUAAAUUUUACAAUGCCUUGGAAAUGUGUAACUUGCUUGCAGUAUUAGCUAAAGCUACUAGCUAGCUAACCUUACCCAGUUUAACAGGUUAACUUGUCAACACCGUCAAUACAUAAUGGAGGAUGGUGCCGAAUCUUCUUCCGAAGUUCAGACGGUUUCCUCUGAUGUUCCGAAGACACCAAACCAAGAACUGAAGAAACUUUUGUCUUUUAAAGUUUACAAGAGGAGGUGGUUUGUUCUGCUGGUGCUGUGUCUGUUAAACUGCUCCAACGCAACGAUAUGGCUGACCUUUGCACCAGUAGCAGACGAGUCUGCCAAAUUUCUGAACGUCACCCUGGAGGAAAUCAACUGGUUGUCACUGGUUUACAUGGUGGUGGCCAUACCGCUCAGCUUUGGGACAACAUGGAUGCUGGACACCCUCGGGCUACGGAUCACGCUGAUUCUGGGAGCCUGGCUGAACAUGUUCGGAGGCCUGGUGCGCUUCUUUGGGAAAUCUGAGGAAGACCAGUAUACAAUCCCGUACGCUGCAGUGAUGGUGGGUCAGACCCUUGGUGCCAUCGCUCAGCCCCUCAUCAUUUUCACCCCCACCAAGCUGGCUGCUCUCUGGUUCCCUGACCACCAGCGUGCCACAGCUAACAUGAUCGCCUCCAUGUCCAAUCCGCUGGGACUCCUGCUCGCUAACAUCAUCUCUCCCCUGAUAGUUCGAACAUCUACACAGAUCCCAACCCUGCUGAUUGCCUACGCGGCCCCGGCAUGCUUCAUCUGUUUCCUAGCAACGGUGGGGAUACGGAGCAGCUCCCCCCCCACGCCACCGUCAGCAAGUGCCGAGUCCUCCGGCUCGGAGCCGUUCAUACAGGGGAUCAAACUGUUACUGAGGAACAAAGCCUACCUCAUCCUGCUGCUGUGCUUCGGUUCGGGUGUCGCUGUUUUCACCUGCUUCUCCACGCUGCUGCAACAGAUCCUGUGUGUGCAAGGAUACACCAAUGACUUUGCUGGCGUUUGUGGCGCUCUCUUCAUCGUGUUUGGCAUCGUGGGUGCCGCUGUUCUCGGUCUCUACGUCGACAAGACCAAGAAGUUCACGGAGGCCAUAAAGAUCAACAUGAGCUUCACUGCUCUUUCAUGCAUCGCCUUCUCAUUGGUGUCUCUGUUGCCGCAUCAGAAAGCCGCCGUGGCUGCCGUCUGCUCUCUUUUGGGCUUUUUCGGUUUCUCUAUUUACCCGGUGGCCAUGGAGCUGUCUGUGGAGUGUUCAUAUCCCGUUGGAGAAGCCACAUCAGCCGGACUCGUCUUCGUAUCGGGACAGGUUCAGUGUGUUCUCUACAUUCUCCUCCUUCAGGCUUUAACCAAACGGCUCGCAGACUCUCCUCUGUCGACCUGCGGGGGUGAAGUCCUGAGCUGGAAGGUGCCGAUGCUUGUGAUGGCAGGACUGCUAAGUUUCUUCACCUGCUGCUUCGUGAUCUUCUUCCACACACCAUACAGACGCCUGCUGGCCGAAGAACAGGCCACUUACGGGACCAAAAAGACCAGCGUCUCGACAGUCUCUGAAAGCAUUCCGAGUGUGGAGAAGGCAACAUGCUGAGGGGCUUGGGAGGAGAGAGAGAGAGAGAGAGAGAGAGAGAGAGACACACACACACACACCGGGAGUUAUGAGCGACCACUCAGACAGUUUCUCUUUGGUAUGAAACAAAGAAGAAAGGUUUAUGGUUUUGGUAACCUCAGAUUCAUAGUUAUUUUAUCAAGACAUCCAACCAUUGAUUCUUUUGUAUGACAUUGGGGCCAAACUUGUACAGAUUCUACAUUAAUUCUUUUGCUACUGACAGUUAAAGUAAAACCACAGAAUAUUAUAUCUGCGUCAAUAAACUCAGCAGAUUGCAUUGAUAGGUUUUAUAAUUUUUUUUUUUUACACGUAAACGUAGUUUGUAGGGUGGAAGUUGGGUAAAUAGUUUUGUCGCCACAUUCUAAAAAUCCCAGUGAGUUGGGAAAAAAAACUCUCUGAAUGGAAGUAAAAACAUUCCUGUACUGAUCAUGUGUAUGAGAUGAUAUUUGGUUUCUCACGUUGCCUUGAGACAAGGUCACUUUUUAACAAUGAUUGUAGUAAUAGGGGAGAAAAUGUGGUCUAACCAAAACGAGUUGCAGCUCAAUACAGAACCUGCUCUGGAAAAAUGUACGCGUAGAUCUUUUCUUAGAGAUACGGUUUAACUACGUUUCCUGAACGCUUCAGUGUUUUGUUGCUGUUCCCAGGAUUUCUUCCAGCAGUCACCGAACAUAUGAACUACUCCUAACACUUGAAGCUGCAUUGCGAUCGGGUCUAUUUUCGGCCACUGUGCAGAGAAAAACUGGUUUCUGUUGGACUCUCAGGGACUGACAACCAAACCUGAUGUUGACUGUUAACGUUUUGGAUCAGUUUCUGCUGCCAGACUCCACCUGGAACUGUUCAGAAUAACUCCAUGUAUUGUCACAUCAUCAGCAGCACAUUUUUACUAAAACCACUAGAAAAAGGUACGGUUUACUGACUCUUAAUACAGUGUAUAAAAACUUGACACACUAGUCAGGUUUUCUGAAAGCUAAAUGUAUGGAUCUCAGGAUCUGGUUAGUUAGCUGUAUUAAUGAGCAGAUUAACCAAACUUAAUACAAUUGUACCUUGAAUCACAUUCUGGGUUAAUUGAAGUGUGACUAUCAUUGUGUCGUGGCUAUAACAACUGUCAUAACACCAUUUAACUACUUUUUAAUGGCUUUUAUUUGUAAAAUUACUUCUACGGUUGUGGGAUUUGUGCAAUAAAGGGAAUUAAUUCAGU